GUUGAUCAAACGACAGACAUUGAUCAGAUCAGUCUACAGUGUAGACUCUACACUCUACUUGUAAUUUUCUGUAUACAUAAUUAUUCACUGUAUCGAGACACGAGUGUUCUAUAUUGAUCGAGAAAGAAGUGUUAUAUUAAACUGUUCCGUGGUAGUUCCUAACUAUAGUAGACGUGACUUAAGUUGUGCACCUAUCCGGUGUGCUUUUGGCCAUAGUUAAUUGUUAUAACUUAUAAUUUAAUACUUGGCCUGCAUUAGCAUAAUAUUUUUAUUAAGUAAUACCUAGGUCAUUUUAAUGGUUACUUGGUGUGUUAUGUACAAUAACAAAUACUUGGCAACAUAAUAAUAUAAAUAUAUUAUACCUGCAUAAAUACUAUUUUCCAAUUGUCAUCAUUGAUCUGUGAUUUGUUAAGUUCGUUUUCAUUGAUUUAUGUGUGUCAACUGAAGGUUAUAAGACUAGAUUUUGAAGAACUAGUUACUCUAUACACAAAUAACCACAAGUAAGUUGAUUGUUUGUACUGCAGUUGAUAAAAUUGAAAAAAAAAUCAUUAUGGAACUAAUAAGUAACUCUGACGAAGUGUUAAAUACUGUAAGAUCAAUUGUUUAUCAUUUAAAUGAUGUUAACUUGGCCAAGAUGACACCAAAAAUGAUUGCUUUGCCAAUAAAUAAUGUUAAACUACUCGAAGAAAUAACAGAUAUAAUAUUUGAUCGAGCUUUAAAAAGACAAAAUUAUACACAUGUAUACGCCCAGAUGUGUGCAUGUAUGAUAAAUGACUCCAAGUUUAAUAAACUUGCUACAGAUACUAAAACUACAUUUCAAAAAGUUCUAUUAAAAAAAUGUUCUGAUGUAUUUUAUAUAGAGUAUCAACAGGAAUUAAACCAAUUAAAAAAGAAGAUGAAAAAUGAUAAUAUGGUACCAAAGAGGUGUAUAUCCACUUUAAAUAAUUUUCAAUUCGAUUUUAAUAAAAAAUCCAUUUGCAAUUGCAGAUUUAUUGGCGAACUCUUUAAAAAUGGUGCUUUUCCAGAAAAAGUUAUUUUGUCAUGCAUUACAGAUUUAAGUAAAGAAAAUAAUGAAAAUAAUGAACUACAAAUGCAUUGUUUAUGUACAAUACUACAAUUAGUUGGACCAAUAUUAUCAAAAACAUAUGAUUUGAACAAACUAGUUAAUAAGCUUGUAUCCUCUUUAAAUAACCAUGGCAUGCCAUCGACACUAAAAUGUUUAAUACAUCAAGUAAAAAGAAUGCAUUCCAAGGGUUGGAAGAAUGAGGAGCCUGUCAACUUUAUAGGAAACAAUUAUACUGUAUUUUCUGAUUUACCAAUACAUAUGAAAAGUGUGUAUAGAUUAAAAUCAAUUAUGAUAAUGGCAGAAUGGAUUUAUGAUGAAAGUCAUGAUGUUCUUUUCAAUUUUGUCAACAAGAAUAAAAUUGAUGAGGUUAUGCAGUUAUUACAAAUUAGUAAUACUUGGAUUUUCUAUGAUCCAGUAUUGUUUGUUGUUUCAAUAAUUCUUGUAGCUCUAGAAGAAAAUCAAAUUGUAAGAAACCAUGCUGGAAAACUUUUAAAUAAUCUUAAUAAAAAAAAAAAGUUAUCAACACAUUCAAUUCAAUCGGGAGUCAACAAAGUAUUGAAUGAUUCGGGCACUAAGAAAGAGUAUCCAAAUUUGUCAAACUUAGUUUCAGAUAUAACUGGUCAGUCUAAACUCUAAACAUUAAAGUGUAAUAAUGCCUGUUGAGUUUAAAUUUAAAUUUAAAAUGUUUGAUUAAUUACAUAUCUUGUAGAAUUUUGUAUUAAGUAAUGUUUUUUGUUGAAUUAUCAUCCUUGUACAUUUUAUUAUACUAUAUAGAUAAACCUAUUUUUAUAUUAUACUUCAGUAUGCAUUUAGGUAUAUUUGAG